AUGUCGUUGCAUAUCUAUAUUGCUCACUCCGGGGAACAUCUGCUGGCGGAUCCGGUCGCCUUUGCUUCACCAGAUUCCUUAAAGUCAUGGAUUGUUCGAAAUACCUCGAUUCCGCCCCCUAGGCAGAUAUUGAUGACUGCCCGGGGGAAGAACGUGAAGACCCAAACGCUCGCCACCGAGACCGAGAUCUUUGUGUAUGACCGGCAAUACGUGAGCGAACCUGCCGACUUCGAGCUCCCCGAGCUGCCCGCCCCCGAACCGUUCCAGCCGAGCAGCCCGCCGGCCUCCCUGACGGACCAAAACGACCUACAUUCAUGGCGGAAUCUUUUCAUGACAAGGAGGUCUUGGGCACUAGAUCUCUCUGUCCGCUGCGGAAUGAUGGAUAAGAACGUUAAAGAGCACAACGAGCGAACUGAUGUCAUCAACCGCGCUGUGGGCGUUGCCCUUGAGAACCUCAAGUCCCAUGUGGGUACCUUGGAGCAUCGCUUCCAGGAGGCGCAGGUAUGGGCAAAUAAUCUUCUUGAGGAACAGCAGGCUGCUCUGGACGGUUGGCAGCGCGCACUGAACACGCUGGAGAACAUCACAGCGCGGAAGGACUUCUCGAUGCUCGGGCGGCCAUCUACACCGAAGAAAGACGAAGACCAACCCACGGGGACCCUGCGUGACUUCGUUGAUGUCAACGAAGUCCUUCACGCUGGAUCGGAUGCGGCGGUUGUGUAUCCGCGCUUCGCUGAGCAGGCCCGAGGCCUCGAAAAGGCUGUCAGCGAUAUUGCCUCGGAUACACAAAACUUGGUGGAUGACGUGCUUCCCGCACCAGCAAAUGGAGAGGCCGGAUUACUCGAGGAAGUGGAAACGCUUGCCAAGAAGAUUGGCUCCGACUGUGAACAUGUCCUCGGUCUGCCCAAUAACCAGAAGAUGCUGGCGAAUAUCUCUAGGCUUGCGCUCAACCACACUCAGAACCUGUUACCGUCAAUUUUGGAUCUUAGCGCUGAGCUUCACCACGCUCUAGAGCAAGCGGUACGUCGCCGCGGUGCCGCCGAAAAGGCAGCUCUGCAGCACAUGCGCACGAUCUCCUCCAUUGAGUCACGCCUAGCCGAUGCCCAUACACAGCUUGUCAACUUUGGUACAGACAGCAAUGCGUUUGAUAUUCUCUAUGCUGUGUUUCAGAUGCCAAUGGUGUACGGAUCAGUUCUCAUUGAGUCUGUCCGGCGGCGGGAAUGGAAUGAUAAGAUAAAAACAGACUCGUUGACCUUGGCCGAAGAAAUGGCCAUUUUGAGAGACGAAGAGCAGCGUCGAAGGAAGAAGUGGGUUAAAAGCAUGGGUGACUUUAUUUCCUUUGGAGACUCUAUCACGCCGGGUAUCGAACUCAACCUCCAAGGACAGGAUGACGAAUGGCCCGCGGUCAAUCGAAAAGAGAUUGAGAUCUAUAUUGAGAAUUUGCGGAAUAAGCACGCUUUGGCUAACAUUGCCGAUGAUUUGUCUCAGCAAUUAAAAGACCUGGAUGCGCCAACUCGGCAGCAAAGACGUCGAGCAAAAGCAUUCAAAAAUGGGAGUGUUUUCGACUUGAGCCGGAGCUCUAUGCUGCUGCGCGGCGAUGACAUGGUUCGAAGCCUGCAAGAGGAAAAAGGAAAGCUGGAGGAGAGACUCAAGGGGUCUGAUAGUCGUAUUCGCAAGCUGGAAGAUCUCCUUCAUCGCCAGAGCCAUCUGAGCCGGCCAUCAAGCGGCAAUUUUGGACCUGACUUUCCCAGUUCGCCUGCAUCACCGCACCCCGAUGCCUUAUCUAGGCGCUCUUCUGUUUCCUCGAGGCGAGUUUCGAUGACUCAGUCUCCUGAAGAUAGAGCUCUCGUCCAACGCAUCGUCUCUCUCGAAGCUGAGCUUAACACAGAGAGGGAAACUGUGCAAAGACUCCACAAAGAAGCAUAUGCGGAGCGUCAGUCCAACUCUGACAAGUAUCAAGAGGCUCAGUCGACGAAGAAAGAUCUCAUUGGAAAUCUCGAAGCGCGGCAACGCGAAUUCGAGGACGAGCGAAGAUACUUGGAGGCAGAGGUCCGAAAAUUCAAGCUGCGCACCGAAGAAGUGGAAGAAGAGCUGGACAGACUUAUUGACAGCCGUGACCAUGAGAAACAAGAGGCCGAUGAACGGAUUCACCAACUUGAGACAGAUCUACAAACUGCCCAUGACAAUACUGCGGAGGAAACUCGCAAAGCUAGUGGUCUCAAUGAACGGAUUGAAUCUCUUCAACGAAACGAACGCGAUCUUCAAUCGAAGAUUGACGAUUUCGAACAUCAGCGCGGCGAAUGGAGCCGGAAAGAUCAGGACCACUACAAUGCUCUACAGGCGGCCUUCAUGAGUUUGUCCCCUGGUGGCUCGGUGCCCUCUGAGGUUCCUGGUAUCAUAAAGGCUAUCGAGGUACUGUCUGAGGGCUUGUCUAUACAUGCCAGGAGCGCGGAAGCCAGUGCGUCGAAGGCAAUGGCCGAGAAUAAGGCUCUCGAGGAGCGUAUAGCACAAUUGGAAUUUGAGCUCGAGGGACGGCUGAAAGUUGCCGAUGACCGGGAGGCCGAAGUGACUCGACUGACGGAAAAACUCAAGGAAACAAAAUCGAACUUGAACGUCACCAGAACCGAAUUAGACCAAGAACGUUUAAGGCUGCACACAUUGCAGUCUCAGGUUUCGGCCGGCGAAAGUGGUUCUGACGCAUUGCGAGAGCAGCUCGUCGAGGAAGAGCGGAAACAGGCAGAUCUGUUGCAGAAACUGGCUGAUGCCGAGUCUCAGGCUCUGGAUCUGAAGUCCAAGGAGACAGAGUGGGAGAAGAAAAUUGAAACGGCAUCCGAGGCAGAGCGACAAGCUGUGGCUCGAUUGGAUGCCCGAGGCACCAAGUCGCACGAUCUGUCCAAGCAACUAUAUUCGCAAGUCGAGAAACUGGAGCGCAUGCUGGAGCAGCUAGGCUUCGCAAUCAUUCAGCAGAACGGUCGCCUUGUUGUCCAGCGCGCAUCCAAACUUAGUGCCUCUUCCAGUCUAGGCGAAAGCAUCGCUCAAUCUGGUAUCGUGUCUGCGAACCCCGAUUCGAGGCUUCUGGGCUGGAUGCACGCAAACAGCCCCGAAGAAGAAGAUGCUAAAUUCUCGGCCUUCGUCGAGAGCCUGACUCAUUUCGAUGUAUCUGUUUUCGGGGAUGUAGUCAUCAAGCGUGUCAAGGACAUCGAGCUAUUAGCCCGCAAGUGGCAGAAAGAAGCUAAGGGCUACCGCGAGAAGUACCACCGGGUUCAAAGUGAAGCCCACGAGAAGAUUGCCUACCGAUCCUUUAAGGAAGGCGAUCUCGCCCUGUUCCUACCAACUCGCAAUCAAGCCAUCCGCUCCUGGGCCGCUUUCAACGUCGGUGCGCCACAUUAUUUCCUUCGGGAACAGGACUCGCAUAAGUUGCAAAGCCGGGACUGGCUUCUCGCGCGCAUCAGCAAGAUUGAAGAACGUGUCGUCGACCUUUCCAAAUCCCUGAACGGCGUCGCUCCCGACCGGCGCUCUCUCGGCGAUACUAGCGACGGUGCUUCCAUCGACGAGAACCCAUUCGAACUAUCAGAUGGCCUACGCUGGUACCUUCUCGAUGCCACAGAAGAAAAGCCCGGUGCCCCCGCUACCCCAGGCAUCGCUAAGAGCACUGUCGCAUCCGCACACGUCGACGCCAAAGGUAGCAUCCGACUCAAGCGCCCGACCGAAGAAAGCACCGUCGCCCAAACCCUGUCCAAGAGUCUCGACAGCCGGCGCAACAGCUCGAACUCGAAGCGAGGCACGCCCACACCCUCGCAAAAGGCCAAUGAUUCCGCCUCUGAUCUAGUCCGCCCCGCCGAAGCGGAUGCCGGCUCCCAGCCUCGCGAGUCGGCCCCCAUCUUCGAUGAGGUGCGCCGUGACCUGCUCCUUGGCCCGUGA